AUGCCAGGACUCCCCAGGUUCCACUUAGACACCAGCGCCCCCCACAGCAGGAGGCCCUGCCACCAAUGGCCAGGGUCCUGGGCCUCCUUGCAGAAGACCGUGGUCAUCCUGUGCCUGCUACUCUCCAGUACCUCCCUGUCCCCCACACACGCGCAGACCGAGAUUCCUCUGGAAACAGUGAAGCUGUGGGCAGACACCUUUGGCAGGGACCUAUAUGACACGGUGACCAAAUACUCGGGCUCUCUCUUGCUGCAGAAGAAAUACAAGGAUGUGGAAUCCAGUCUGAGGAUCAAGGAGGUGGAUGGCUUGGAGCUGGUGAGGAAGUUCUCAGAGGACAUGGAAACCAUGCUACGCAGGAAGGUGGAGGCUGUCAAGAAUCUGGUAGAGGCUGCUGAGGAGGCUGACCUGAACCAUGAAUUCAAUGAAUCGCUGGUGUUUAACUAUUACAACUCUGUCCUGAUCAACGAGAGGGAUGAGAAUGGCAAUUACGUGGAGCUGGGGGCUGAGUUUGUCCUUGAAUCCAAUGCGCACUUCAGCAACCUGAUGGUGAACACCUCCAUCAGCAGCGUGCAGCUGCCCACGAACGUGUACAACAAAGACCCAGACAUUUUAAAUGGAGUCUACAUGUCUGAAGCUUUGAACACGGUUUUUGUGGAGAAUUUCCAAAGAGACCCGACACUGACAUGGCAAUAUUUUGGCAGCUCCACUGGAUUCUUCAGGAUCUAUCCAGGCAUCAAAUGGACGCCUGAUGAGAAUGGAGUCAUUGCCUUUGACUGCAGAAAUCGUGGCUGGUAUAUACAAGCUGCUACUUCUCCCAAGGACAUAGUGAUUGUAGUGGAUACGAGUGGCAGCAUGAAGGGGCUGCGGAUGACUAUCGCCAAGCACACCAUCUCCACCAUCCUGGACACACUGGGGGAGAAUGAUUUUGUUAAUAUCAUUGCGUACAGUGACUACAUCCAUUACAUCGAGCCUUGUUUUAAAGGGAUCCUUGUCCAGGCAGAUCGGGACAAUCGCGAGCAUUUCAAACAGCUUGUAGAUGAGCUGAUGGUCAAGGGUGUGGGGGUCGUGAACCAAGCCUUGACUGAAGCCUUCCAGAUCCUGAAGCAGUUCCAAGAGGCCCGGCAAGGAAGCCUCUGCAACCAGGCCAUCAUGCUAAUCACCGAUGGGGCUGUGGAAGACUAUGAGCCAGUAUUUGAGAAGUACAACUGGCCUGACCGCAAGGUUCGAGUUUUCACUUAUCUGAUUGGAAGAGAAGUGACUUUUGCUGACCGCAUGAAGUGGAUUGCAUGCAACAACAAAGGCUACUAUACACAGAUCUCCACACUGGCAGAUGCACAGGAGAACGUGAUGGAGUACCUGCACGUGCUCAGCCGCCCCAUGGUCAUCAACCAUGACCAUGACAUCACCUGGACAGAAGCCUACAUGGACAGCAAGUUAUUCACUUCACAGGCACAGAGCUUGAUGCUCCUCACCACUGUGGCCAUGCCAGUCUUCAGCAAGAAGAAUGAAACGCGAUCCCAUGGCAUUCUUCUGGGUGUGGUGGGCUCUGAUGUGGCCCUGAGAGAGCUGAUGAAACUGGCACCCCGGUACAAGCUCGGAGUGCAUGGAUAUGCCUUUUUGAACACUAACAAUGGCUACAUUCUCUCACAUCCUGACCUCCGACCCCUGUACAGAGACGGGAAGAAACUCAAACCCAAACCUAACUACAACAGCGUGGAUCUCUCUGAAGUGGAGUGGGAAGACCGAGCUGAAACCCUGAGAACAGCCAUGAUCAAUGGGGAAACAGGGUCUCUCUCUAUGGACGUGAAGGUUCCACUGGACAAAGGGAAGAGAGUUCUUUUCCUGACCAAUGACUACUUCUUCACAGACAUCAGUGACACACCUUUCAGCCUGGGAGUGGUGCUGUCCAGGGGCCAUGGAGAGUACAUCCUCCUGGGGAACACAACUGUGGAAGAAGGCCUGCAUGACUUGCUUCACCCAGAUCUGACCCUAGCCAGUGACUGGAUCUACUGCAUCACAGAUAUCGACCCAGACCAUCGGAAGCUCAGCCAGCUGGAGGCCAUAGUCCGCUUCCUGACAGGGGAGGACCCAGAUCUGGAGUGCGAUGAGGAGCUGGUGCGGGAGGUACUGCUUGAUGCGGUGGUGACGGCCCCCAUGGAAGCCUACUGGACAGCGAUGGCUCUCAACACCUCUGACGAGUCCGAGCAGGUGGUGGACAUGGCAUUCCUGGGCACCCGGGCUGGCCUCCUCAGAAGCAGCUUAUUUGUAGGCUCCGAGAAGGUCUCCGACAAAAAGUUCCUGACUCCUGAGGAUGAAGCCAGCAUAUUCACCAUGGACCACUUCCCUCUGUGGUAUCGACAGGCUGCUGAGCAUCCUGCUGGCAGCUUUGUCUUCAAUCUUCGAUCAGCAGAGGCACCAGAAAGUCCAGGCCAGCCAAUGGUAGUAACAGCGAGCACUGCUGUGGCCGUGACGGUGGACAAGAAGACAGCUAUCGCUGCAGCGGUGGGAGUCCAAAUGAGGCUGGAGUUCCUACAACGCACGUUCUGGGCAGCGACCCGGCAGUGCGGCACUGUGGAGGGGCCAUGCCCAGAGAGCUGCCAGGACAGUCUCCUGGACUGCUUCGUCAUCGACAACAACGGGUUCAUCCUGAUCUCAGAGAGGUCCCAGGAGAUGGGAAGAUUCCUGGGGGAGGUGGAUGGCGCUCUCAUGACCCAGCUGCUCAGCACGGGGGUGUUCAGCCAAGUGACUAUGUAUGACUACCAGGCCAUGUGCAAACCAUCAAAUCACCACCACAGCGCUGCCCAGCCCCUGGUCAGCCCAAUCUCUGCCCUCCUGACUGCUACCAGGUGGCUAGUGAAUGAGCUCUUGCUGCUCCUGCUCGAGUGGAGUGCCUGGGGCUCCUGGCGUGCAGACAGCAAGGCCGAGGCCAAAGCGGUCUUCCAUCAGUCCCACAAGCACAAGAAACAGGACAUGCUGCAGCCCUGUGACACACAGUACCCCGUGUUUGUGCACCAGACGGCCAUCCAGGAGACCAACGGGGCCAUCGAGUGUGGGGCCUGCCAGAAGAUAUUUGUGAUGCAACAGAUUCCCAGUAGUAACCUUCUCCUCCUGGUGACAGACCCCACCUGUGACUGUAGCAUCUUCCCACUAAUCCUGCAGGAGGCUACAGAAGUCAAAUAUAAUGCCUCUGUCAAGUGUGACAGGAUGCGCUCCCAGAAGCUUCGCAGGAGACCAGAUUCCUGCCAUGCCUUCCAUCCAGAGGAAAAUGCCCAGGACUGUGGUGGCACCUCGGACCUCUCAGCCUCGCUCCCCAUGCUCCUGCUGCCUCUGUGUGUCUGGGUCCUUCCACCCCAGUUGCUGCGGUGA